CCUUGCGGCCACUGCGGCCACUGAGGUGGUGGCGGCGGCUGGCCCGGGCGGAAGAAGUAGAGCCCAAGGUAUUUCCGGUUCCUGUGUCAGUUCGAGGCGCCGCCGCCGCCGCAGCUGCCGGAGCCGCGAUGCCUAAAGGAGGGAGAAAGGGAGGCCACAAAGGCCGGGCAAGGCAGUAUACGAGCCCUGAGGAGAUCGAUGCGCAGCUGCAGGCUGAGAAGCAAAAGGCCAGGGAAGAAGAGGAGCAAAAAGAAGGUGGAGAUGGGGCUGCAGGUGACCCCAAAAAGGAGAAGAAAUCUCUAGACUCAGAUGAGAGUGAGGAUGAAGAAGAUGACUACCAGCAAAAGCGCAAAGGCGUUGAAGGGCUCAUCGACAUCGAGAACCCCAACCGGGUGGCACAGACAACCAAAAAGGUCACACAACUGGAUCUGGACGGGCCAAAGGAGCUUUCGCGGAGAGAACGAGAAGAGAUUGAGAAGCAGAAGGCAAAAGAGCGUUACAUGAAAAUGCACUUGGCUGGGAAGACAGAGCAAGCCAAGGCUGACCUGGCCCGGCUGGCCAUCAUCCGGAAACAGCGGGAGGAGGCUGCCCGGAAGAAGGAAGAGGAAAGGAAAGGUAAGGGCUGGGCUGUGCACGCAGGGACACGCCCCAACUCUGGUCCUGGGCCAGCCACAAAGCACUGAACUCGUGUCCCUGUCCGUGAGGUGACAAUGAGGUGAGGAGUGACUACUGCCUAGGAGAUCAUUCAGGAGAGGCCCCCCCUCCCUGUGCCUGCCACUCCCCGGGGGACCGGGAGGUUCCAGCGACAUCAUGGGGUCAGAUGUGGGUUAAAGUCUCAGCAGAGCACCGUCCACAGUAGGUGGACAGUCACUCCUGCUUCCAGCAGCGGGAGGUCACAGGAAACCAUGCCCCUAGUACAGACCUUGCCUGAGGCUCACAGUGAUCCCAACUUCCCAUUCAACCCUGCUUCACAAACCCCAACAGGAAAGGACUUCACAUGUAACUGUUGGAAUGUUUAGAUUUUAGACUUCAGAACCCGUGGAGGGAGGUUAGAAUUACAGGGUUCUGCUGGGAGGUGGGGUGAGAAGUUUCCAUUUGCCCACAAGAGUGUGUGUUGGUGGGGCUUUGUGGAGGGAACAGCUUUCUAUAAGGUGGUCUGGCCACUGAAGCGUGUUGGGAAUGUCGGGGGGCCCAGGGUGAUAGUUGCAGCAGAAAUCCUCUCCCACGCCUCAGCUCUUCUCAGGUCUUCUUUGUUGCACAGACUGUUUUCUGCGGCCUUUCAGACCUAAAGUUCUAGGGUUCUGGCGCGUGUGUUGGGAGGGGGUAGGGGGUUGCUUUGUUUUAACCCCUGCCCUUCUCUUCCCACCCCUCAGCAAAAGAUGAUGCCACACUGUCAGGAAAACGAAUGCAGUCACUCUCCCUGAAUAAGUAACCGCUACCCGUGGGAGGAGAUGCCGGGGACCUGGGCCGUGCUGCCAGGACCUCUGCUGUGUCUCACCCACCCUGUGCCCUGGCGCCGCUGCAACAGCCCCUCAUGGCCAGGAGCCCCCCAUGGCCUGGGGCCUUCUCUUCAUCUUGGCACAGAAAUUGUUUGGGGGAUGGGGGGGGGCUGGGGGAGGGGCAGCUGCUAUCUUUGAGACAGAAAGAUGCAGGACAGCAUUUCAUAUGUAACCAUUUGAAUGUUUUUGCUGUUUUUAGAAUUCAGAGCCCUUGCUGGGGGGUGCCUGGGAGAUGGGGUAAGAAGAGCUUUCAUUUGUCUGGUAGAUAGCAUGUAAGGGGGUGGUUGUCCCAGGAGGCAGCUGCUGAGAGGUUUGCUACACCCAGCCCUGGACUGUGUUGCCUGGGUGCUCAUUCAGAGAGGGGCUGUCAUCUGGGAGCCUGUGCCCCUGGGUCCUCGAGGGUCAUGGCUUGUCCCUGGUCAGUCCUGUCUGAUCCAGGCCUCGCCUCUCUGCCCUUCCCUGCCCGGUUCCUACCCACCUGGCUAGGGCCAGUGCCCAUUUUUAACCCUACCCAUUGAUCAUUUCAAGAAACCUCUGUUUACUGUGUGGCACCCAGGCAAAACAUGCUCCACAAAUUCAACUUGUAUAUUUGGCAGAUUAAACUUGACAUUAUCGUAA